GAACAACUUUAACUGUCAAUCAGACUUAAUGGGGUAUUAAAAAAAAAUGGGGGGGAAAAGGGCCGCCCUCUCGUUCUGAGCCGCGGCUGUCCCGGGAGCGAACGGAUGAGGCGGCGCAGACCCAGUCGUCCGAUCCACUCGCGCUCCGCACCCGGGCCCUCUUCAAGUUAGGAAGGACAAAAAGAAGGCAAUAAAUGCUAACAAGGGAGAGAGAGGGAGCCGGAUCGAGCGGCAACUCCCAGCCUCUGCUGGAAGAGAGAGGGAGGGAGGGAGUCGGAGAGAGCGGGCGCGCGCGAGGGCGAGCCAUGCACGUAAAGAAACUGACACCCGGACCCCCCACUUCUCCUGCACGUUGCUGGCAAUCAGAUCGCGUUUAAGCAAUUUCCUGAGCCCAAGAAUAGCAAUGAGUCUGGAGACUUUCGCGGGCUGAAAUUGGGAGCUCCAAGCACUUUUUCCCCCUACUUUUUAAAUUUUUUUCCUGGAAAGGGGGUGGGGGGGGCGCUACAAUUUGGAAACUUUUUUUUUUUUUUUCUUAAUCUUGCACUUUGAAACCGCGGGACUGUAGCAGGGUGCGCGCGUGUGGUUGGUGCUUUUUUUUUUUUUUUUCCUUCCCCUGCCUAAACUCCUCUGUCAGCCUGUAAACAUUACCUGAGAAUUCCCCAGCCGAAACGGCUGGCUGCCGGGGCAAGAAAGUUCUUGUUAGAACUUUCCACCUCUGGCUUCCCCUCCACCCCUCUUACUGUCCCAACCUUCGGAGACGCUUUUUCUCCUCCGGAGGAUUUAUCUUUUUUUUUUUUUUCUCCCCCCUCUUUUUCUCACCCGGUGCUUGCUUUGCAUUUGGGAAGAGGUGAUUUCAAGAGUGGCCAGGUGGGACGCCUCUCUGCCCCCUUAUUCGGUUUAUUUAUUAUUGUUUGGGGGUGUUUUGUUUUUUAAGUCCUGUUUUGUUCGGUCUGGGGAGUUUCGCCCCUGCCGCCCGGCUCCGCGGCGCGGAGGAUGGUGUGGAAACGGCUGGGCGCGCUGGUGGUGUUCCCUCUGCAGAUGAUCUAUCUGGUGGUGAAGGCUGCGGUCGGACUGGUGCUACCCGCCAAGCUGCGGGACCUGUCCCGGGAGAACGUCCUCAUCACCGGCGGCGGCAGAGGCAUCGGGCGCCAGCUAGCUCGCGAGUUCGCAGAGCGCGGCGCCAGAAAGAUUGUUCUGUGGGGCCGGACUGAGAAAUGCCUGAAGGAGACGACGGAGGAGAUUCGGCAGAUGGGCACCGAGUGCCACUACUUCAUCUGUGAUGUGGGCAACCGGGAGGAGGUGUACCAGACGGCCAAGGCGGUGCGGGAGAAGGUGGGUGACAUCACCAUCCUGGUGAACAAUGCUGCCGUGGUCCACGGGAAGAGCCUGAUGGACAGCGAUGAUGAUGCCCUUCUGAAGUCCCAGCACAUCAACACCCUGGGCCAGUUCUGGACCACCAAAGCCUUCCUGCCGCGGAUGCUGGAGCUGCAGAACGGCCACAUCGUGUGUCUGAACUCCGUGCUGGCACUCUCCGCCAUCCCCGGCGCCAUCGACUACUGCACGUCCAAAGCCUCAGCCUUCGCCUUCAUGGAGAGCCUGACCCUGGGGCUGCUGGACUGUCCGGGCGUCAGCGCCACCACUGUGCUGCCCUUCCACACCAGCACCGAGAUGUUCCAGGGCAUGAGGGUCAGGUUCCCCAACCUCUUCCCCCCACUGAAGCCGGAGACGGUGGCCCGGAGGACAGUGGAAGCCGUGCAGCUUAAUCAGGCCCUCCUCCUGUUGCCGUGGACGAUGCACGCCCUCAUUAUCUUGAAAAGCAUACUCCCACAGGCUGCCCUCGAGGAGAUCCACAAAUUCUCAGGAACCUACACCUGCAUGAACACUUUCAAAGGGCGGACAUAAAGACAGGAUGGAGAUACAGGCUCAAAAGCCACGGAACCUGAGGGGGCAUGGGCACCUGGGCGUACACCUACGUGCCUGUCCCUCAGCACACUUCUGCUGGGUGAGCAGGACUGCUUCUAUCCUGGGGAAGAAUCCGGCUGCCCCCCUAGCCAGCCCCAGGACCUUUGCACAGGACUGAUGGGCGUAACUCUGACCCCGAUGGGGAGGCAAGAAAUCAGCCAGCAGCUGCCUUGACACUUUUGUACAUUUCUGAUUCUGUAGAGUUUAUUGUUAAAUCGCUUCUCAAGUCUAACCAGCCUUGGCAAUGUGCAUAGACUAUUUCCGGGAUGGUCUGUGCCCACAUGCUCCUCCUUCGCCUCCAAAAUUCACCCAUCCUCAGCUUGUGCAAACUGAUUGAACGGCAGGAAUAUAUAAAAUAAAGAGAGAAAGCUUUUGUGA